UUCGUUUUGCUACUGUGUUGUGUGUUGACUAGACUGUGUUCCAUCCAUAAGUGCGGAUGAUGGCGGUGAUACCAGAAGAAGGUGCCAGCGUAUCUUUGUUCAGUUAGAAAUCUUAAAGAUAUAAAUUGAAAAUUGCAAGCUGUCAACGUACGAUGACCACUAUGCUUUGCUGGAGUGACAACGGUUCCGUAACAACAACCUGACAACAACCAGUUGUUAUCAAGAGUCUGAGUAAAGUAUUGCACAAAACUGUGCGGCCAGAGCUAUAUAGCUAUGACAUUGUGCGGGGAGAGCAGCGAGGCUAACACGAAUUCCAAUGGCCAAGCUUACUACGCUCUGUUUGUUUUCACAAUUUUGACUGCUCUUAACCAACUUCACAGGUAUUUACUGAUAGCUGCCAUCGAGCCGAUGUCUAACGAUCUUCAGUUUGGAGACAGGAAUUGCACCCCAUUCAAUGGAACGUCUGCCAUUGAUAGUUACAUUCAGGAAUAUGACCUCAACACUACUGCUGGGGACUACUGUAUGCAUGACGAUGGUAUCAGAUGCACCAAUGAGACCACCUUCCAAAACACAACCCUCUGUGAGUGGCACUAUACCGGUACUGGAUCAGAGUAUGAGAUCCUCGCUGGACCAGUCUUCAUCAUCGUCCUGGGCAUCCUGGGCGUGCCGAUAACCGUCCUGGCCGAGAUGGGUCGCAUCAAUCGUCGCAACGUCGUCGGGGUGUGUACGAUCUGCUGGAGCCUCACCAUCGUCUGUACGGGGUUCUCGCAAACGUUGGCUGAAGUCUACGUCUGGCGCUUUCUCCUGGGGUUCUUUGAAGCACCUUUCAACCCUUUUUCAAUGACUCUACUUGUGACUUUCUUUGGUCCAAGGCGUCGAGGGCUUGCUAUGGGUGUGGCCGCUAGCGGGGCGUAUCUAGGUUACGGUUCGUCCUAUGCUUUCAUCGCAGUCGUCAAUGUAAUAGGAUGGAGAUGGACCUACAUCUCUACCGGCAUAGGGGGCGCUCUGCUUGGUUUGAUAAGUCUUAUCACCGUCAAGAAUCCAUAUUCAAAGGAAAAGGGAAAUAUACCCCUUGGGUCGGUGCGCAACAUCCUGAAGGCACUUGGUGCGGAACCCUGGUCGGUGCUCUCACCCAUCUUCCUAGCCUUCGCCUGCAAGAUGGGUUACCAGUACACCCUCAGUUAUAACCUCAAUAACUACUUUGUGGAGUACUUCCCAACCUUCCCGACGGACGUGUACCUGAGCUGGAUCCUGGCUCUGACGGGGAUCCUGGCCUUUAUGCUCGGGGGCUUCCUGAGUGACAUCGCAGGCAAGCGGGCAGGGGCCUUAGGGAGGCUCUGGACCAUCGUCAUCCUGGAGGUGAUACAGAUACCCCUCUAUGUAUUCUUCAUCCUCCUAUCACUACCAACCAACAUCAUCCUGGGUGCCCUCGGGAUAACCGUGGGAGACGGAUGGAACGGCAUCGGUCUUUCAGCCAUCGCCGACAUCGUCUCCCCGUCCAUCCGCACUGUCAUCUACGCUCUUUUCUUCUGCGUGAUGGAUGUUAUCGGCGGGUGUGUCAUCGUUGCCGUGACGCCACUGACGGACGUGGCUGGAUUGAAGAGCGCCCUCUUGUGGUUGGGGACGGGAAUGCUUGUGGGAGGCACCCUGCUGAUUUUGUGUGGGAUUAUAGCCCUGGUGUUGCUUAAUCGUCGUCGAGCCAGGAGCUACCACUUGGAGGGGACGGAGGAGGACGCCCUCUACAGUCGAAACGGUAGCCAGGGUAAUCAUGAAAGGACACCUUUGAUUUCUGAUGAAAGCACUCCCACAUAGGAUCAGUUGUUAACUUGAAUUCAUUGCAUUCCAACAAUAACACAUCAAAGAUAAACUUGAAUUCUGGUAAAAAAGAAAAUGAAUUCUCACAGAAUCAAACAAAACUUACACUGAAUGUUCAAGAUUAAAAUAAAUGUCAUUUGCCAAACAAUUUUGGUAGAAAAUGUAUACUGGCUGACUAAUGGGCAAAGAAAGAUACUAUAUACAUCUUUCUAUGUACAGUGCUUGUUACUUUACCAAGACUGGGCCAAAUUUAUUAUGAUUUUGAUGA